CUCACAACAUAUCUUUCUUCAACUUCUUCUUCCUUCGCAUUCACCAACAACUACACAACCCACAAAAUCUAAACCAAUACACAUGGAACUCACCACUAUCUUCUGCAUCUUUCUUUCUUUCCUAUCUAUUCUUCUCCUCAACUUACUCAUCAAAACCUUCUUCUUCUUCUUCCCUUCCAACGUUAAGACACAAUUGCCACUUCCUCCUGGGACCAUGGGUUGGCCAUAUAUAGGAGAAACCUUCCAAAUGUAUUCUCAAGACCCAAAUGUUUUCUUUGCCACAAAAAUCAAGAGGUAUGGUUCUAUGUUUAAGUCACACAUUUUGGGUUAUCCUUGUGUGAUGAUUUCUAACCCGGAUGCAGCAAAGUUUGUGCUCACCAAAGCUCAACUCUUCAAACCAACAUUUCCUGAUAGCAAAGAGAGGAUGUUGGGGAAGCAAGCCAUUUUCUUUCACCAAGGAGCAUACCAUGCUAACCUCAGAAAGCUUGUCCUUCGCACCUUCACCCCUGAGGCCAUCAAAACUUUAGUCCCUGACAUUGAAUCCAUUGCCCAAAAUUGCCUCAGAUCAUGGCAAGGAAAGUUGAUCACCACUUUCCUCGAAAUGAAAUCGUAUACCAUCAACGUGGCCCUGCUGACAAUAUUUGGAAAAGAUGAAACUCUGAAUGCAGAGGAUCUGAAGCGAUGGUACUACACCCUUGAGAGAGGGUACAACUCAAUGCCCAUAAACCUUCCCGGAACACUUUUCCACAAGGCCAUGAAGGCAAGGAAAGAGCUUGCAGAUACUGUGGCUCAAAUAAUCUCAACAAGGAGGAAGACGAAACAAGAACACAAUGACUUGCUGGGAUCGUUCAUGAGUGAAAAAGCAGGACUCACUGAUGAACAGAUAGCAGAUAACAUCAUUGGUGUUAUUUUUGCCGCUCGUGACACCACUGCCACAGUACUUACGUGGAUUGUUAAGUACCUCGGCGAAAACCCCAGUGUCUUAGAAGCAGCAACUGAAGAGCAUGAGUCGAUAUUAAGGUGCAAGGAAGAAAGUGGAGAAGAAAUGGGCUUAAAUUGGUCAGACACAAAAAAUAUGCCUUUGACAUCCAGGAUCAUACAGGAGACUCUAAGAAUAGCAUCGAUUUUGUCUUUUACCUUCAGAGAAGCUAUAGAGGAUGUUGAAUUUCAAGGGUAUCUCAUACCAAAAGGGUGGAAAGUAUUACCACUUUUUAGGAACAUCCACCACAGUCCUGACAACUUCAAAGAGCCAGAAAAGUUUGAUCCUUCAAGAUUUGAGGUGGCUCCAAAGCCCAAUACUUUUAUGCCAUUUGGCAAUGGGACCCAUGCAUGUCCGGGCAAUGAAAUAGCCAAGUUGGAGAUGUUGGUGCUUCUACAUCACCUGAUCACAAAGUACAGGUGGUCUACAGUUGGUGCGAAAAAUGGGAUUCAGUAUGGCCCCUUUGCUCUUCCAGAGAAUGGAUUGCCCAUGACAUUUUAUCCCAAAAAAUAAAUAUCAUUCAAAUCAAGAGUGGAGGCACACUAACCAUAGCUGGAACCAACUUCUUCAAUUUGCAAAUAAUUCUUCUAAACACAGUCCAAUGUGUUAGACUACAGAGAAUGAUGAAAGAGACCCUUAGAUCAAAAAAAUGAUCCAUUCUUCUAUCUCUAAAUUUUUUGAGCAAAAGACAACAGAAAAUACUUAUUAUGGUAUGAUGAUGAGGAAGGGAAUGACUCAGUUGUGUUGUACAGGAGAAGCUCUCAAUAAGACUGUUAUUUUUUUUU